AUGCGACAUUUUCAUUCGCGCCUGCGGCCCCUCCCCCGCCGCCAGCCCAUCACGACGGCGGUGCCUGCACCGGACUUCCAGGAUGAGGAUGAGGAUCGAAAUGUCGAAGCCGAGGACUUGCCGGAGAACCUUUUCGAAUCUUUCAUGCCCUUUCUCUUCCCCGAAGAUACCCCUCCAUUCCAUGGUGACCCAGGCCAGCAUCUCCUCUACGCGUCCCCGCAGUAUGGCGAUCUCGAAAUCAUGGUCCCCUCGUACCCCGAACAGGGCGAGAAAAGCAAAGAGGUAGCAGCGGGUCAGGAUGGCCGGGUGGAGGAGGGACGAAAGCUAUUUGCGCAUUUUCUGUGGAGCGCUGCAAUGGUCGUUGCGGAGGGCAUCGAAGACGCAGAUAGCUUCCAGAUCAAUCCGACCGAUGCCAAAAAAGAUGCCUAUGACAUCUGGAACGUCAAGGGCGAGAGUAUCAUGGAAUUGGGUGCCGGCACUGCUCUUCCUUCUCUUGUUGCGGCCCUCGCCGGCGCAUCCACCGUCGCUGCAACUGACCACCCCUCGUCACCCGCUUUCACGGGCGCAAUGAAAUUCAAUAUGGAGCAUAACCUACGGAACCGUACCCCGGCGCCCGCAACAGUCGCCAUCGAGCCGCAUGCAUGGGGCGUUUUGGACGAUACGUUCUCCCAGAAAUACAAGGGAACGUUCACCCGCAUCAUUGCUGCAGACUGUUACUGGAUGCGCUCGCAGCAUGAGAACCUCGCCCGCACGAUGCAGUGGUUCCUCGCACCUGGCGGCAAGGUGUGGGUCAUCGCCGGAUUUCACACUAGCAGGGCCGUCGUCACAGACUUCUUUGAGACAGCUUAUGCGAAUGGAUUCGAGUCCGAGCGGAUCUUCGAGCGGGAUGUUGUCCAGCGGGAUGAGAACGAUGGGGAAAUUCGACGAGAGUGGCGUCCUGUUCGGGAAGACGAGGGCCCUGAAAACCGCCAGCGGUGGGUGGUUGUUUCCGUGCUGAGGCGCAAGGAGUAA